CAUCCAAUUUCAUCCAUAAAUACCCAAACAAUUACCCGCUUCGGAACGCUUCUUCAGAAUUUUCUAAAAGCUUCCAAAUGGCCCGUACCAAGCAAACAGCCCGUAAGUCUACUGGUGGCAAGGCUCCCCGAAAGCAGUUGGCGACGAAGGCUGCUCGGAAGUCUGCUCCGGCGACCGGUGGAGUAAAGAAGCCGCACAGGUUCAGGCCAGGAACUGUGGCUCUGAGGGAAAUCAGGAAGUACCAGAAGAGCACAGAGCUUCUUAUCCGAAAGCUUCCCUUUCAGCGAUUGGUUCGAGAGAUCGCGCAGGACUUCAAAACGGAUCUGAGGUUCCAGAGCAGUGCCGUUUCAGCUCUCCAGGAAGCUGCUGAGGCUUAUUUGGUUGGACUCUUUGAAGACACUAAUCUCUGUGCAAUUCAUGCUAAGAGAGUCACCAUUAUGCCCAAGGAUAUUCAACUUGCCAGAAGAAUCAGAGGCGAAAGGGCUUAUCGCACACGGAUCACUGCAAAUCCAAAGCGCUUAAAUGCAAAAUUCCUCCCUCCAAAAUUUGAGAGUCUCAGCUAUAUAAUUGAACCCCCUCUGCUUCUUCAUUCAUAUCAGAGUCGUUUGCAAGCUUCUCCGCUCUUCUUAUCCAAUACAUAAUCCUUCCAGAACUUCCAAAUGGCCCGUACAAAGCAAACCGCUCGCAAGUCCACCGGCGGCAAGGCUCCCCGGAAGCAGCUAGCCACAAAGGCUGCUCGGAAGUCUGCUCCGGCAACCGGCGGAGUGAAGAAGCCCCACAGGUUCAGGCCAGGAACCGUGGCUCUGAGGGAAAUCAGGAAGUACCAGAAGAGCACAGAGCUUCUGAUCCGAAAGCUCCCCUUUCAGCGUUUAGUUCGUGAAAUCGCUCAGGACUUCAAAACUGAUCUGAGGUUCCAGAGCAGUGCGGUUUCGGCUCUUCAGGAAGCUGCCGAGGCUUACCUGGUCGGACUCUUUGAAGACACCAACCUCUGCGCUAUUCAUGCUAAGAGGGUCACCAUCAUGCCUAAGGACAUUCAACUUGCUCGAAGAAUCAGAGGCGAAAGGGCUUAGUUUUAAACCUCGCGGUUUUUUUUUUUGGUUUUAGGGUUUGUGUGUUUUUCUUCAGUCCUUGAUAGUUUUUAUUGUGCAUCUUAGAAUCUGGAGUUGGUGACUUCUUCCAAUGACACACCCUUGUGUACUUAAUCAUGUCAGAUAAUUUUAAUUUUCAAAUAUUUGUCUCUUGCA